GACGUCGCACAUCAAACCGGAAAACGGAACAAACAAACCGUUGGAGCUUUGGCUUUCCUUGACGCCUCGCUACAGAUUUAUUGACAAGGAUCACAGCAAACAGAAUGGCCACAGACUGGUUGGGUAGUGUUGUCUCCAUAAACUGUGGGCUGACAUUGGGAAUCUAUCAAGGAGAGGUUUCAUCUGUCGAUCACAGCUGCCAGACUAUCUCCCUAAAGCAGCCCUAUCACAACGGCGUCAGAUGUCCUCUUCCCGAGGUCACUUUCAGUGCCGUUGAUAUAAAGGAGUUGAAGUUCCUGGAUAUCCACAAUACAGUCAACAAGCCCGGCACCGGUCAGGGAGCUGCAACAGAAUCCAGCUUCAACGCAUCAGCACGACGCGGUCAGAGUAACAAAGUUGCUCUGCCUCAUGUGCCAAACAACUCCCAAUCCACUACUGCACCAAUCACCAUCCUACGCAGAGCCCCCGCCGCUUCAUCUAACAGCAGAGGGGCCACGCAGGCCACGCAAAAGAAGAGCGGCGCGAGGAACGGCGGUCCGGCGAGGACGAGGGACGACGAGUGCUUCGGAGCCGGGACGGACGAGAACAUGGACGCCGACUUCGACUUUGAGGGCAACCUGGCUCUGUUCGACAAAGCCGCCGUCUUCUCCCAGAUGGGCGGCGCCGGCAGCCACAGCGGCCGGGCGCAGCAUCACGGCGCGCCGGGCGAUCCGAGGCCUGCGUCCUAUCGCCACGACGAGAAUAUCCUGGAGGCCAAGCCGGUCGUAUACCGCCAGAUCACGGUGCCCCAGCCCGGGGGCCAAGAGUUCUGCACCGAUUCGGGCCUGGUGGUCCCCAGCGUCCCGUACGAGCUUCACAAGCGUCUGCUGGCGGCGGCGGAGCGAUGGGGCCUGUCCCUCGAGCGCCGGCUGGAGACCACCGGCGUCUGCUCCAGUCAGAUGGCUCUCACUCUGCUGGGCGGACCAAACCGACUCACCCCCAAAAACGUCCACCAGAAGCCCACCGUGGUCCUCCUGUGUGGGCCCCACAUCCAGGGGGCGCAGGGCGUCAGCUGCGCCAGACACUUGGCCAACCACGGAGUCGAGGUCAUCCUGUUCCUGCCCAACUUCGUCAAGAUGCAGGAGUCGGUGACCAGCGAGGUCCAGCUCUACAGCGGGACCGGCAGCAAGCAGGUGGCCAGCGUCAAAGACCUGCCGACGAGCCCCGUCGACCUGGUCAUCAACUGCCUGGACUGCCACGAGAACCCCCUGCUGAGGGAGCAGUCGUGGUACCAGUCCGCCGCCGACUGGGCCAACCAGAACCGGGCCCCCGUCCUGAGCAUCGAUCCCAUGGUCGGCAGUCAGCAUCGCAGUGUUGAGGCGAAGUGGAUCCUCUCCUUGGGCCUUCCCCUGCCGCUGGCUGAGACGGACAGCAGGGUCUACCUCUGUGACAUUGGCAUCCCUAAAAUGGUUUUCCAGGAAGUGGGAAUCCGCUACCACUCACCGUUUGGAUGCAAAUUCGUCAUUCCCCUGCACACGCCGUAAAAGAGAAGCCACGGACUUUGAGUUGAGUUACAAUAGGAGGGAACGGCCCACUAUCCUUUCACGUUUGUAUGUGGCGAUAGCUGAAGAGCAGCAGCAUGACCUCAAGGGUACUUUGGCACAAAGGGCAUACAACUCCCUGACACGUCUGAAAGUAUAUGAUGUUUUUUUUUCUUUCCUUGCUGCCCCUCUGAAAACCCCCGAGGGUGGAUGCGGGGGGGGGUGAGGGGGGGCUGUCAGCACUUGUUGCGUGCGACACCUCUUGUUUUUGCGAGGGAAAGGUUUCCUGUUCUUUGGCGUGUUUUGAUAAGGCCUCUGGAUGACGACGUCGCUGGGCACCAUGAGCCUGACCUCUGAUCACGUGACCAGGAGGAGCAGCACACACACACACUUCCUGCUUCCUCCUCCAGAUUGCAUGUAGUGGCUGUAGCAUUUUUCACUGAUCAUGGGUUGUUACACUGAAUAUAUGUUUCUAGUAUUUUUAUUUAUUUUUGGAAUACAUCUCAGGAACAAUGUAUAAAAAAUGUAAAAAAAUAUCUUUGAUUAAGAUUACAUCCAAUAGCAUACGCAUUGAUGUCGGGCAAGUUCUCAACCACUGAAAAUGAAAAGUAGCUGCUGGAACUUCUGAGGAUUGAUUUUCUGUAUUUGUGAAGUCUUGCAGAUUAUACAGGAUUUCAAAGCACACAUUCCAAGCACCAGGAACAUCUUGGGCCAGGUUAAUCUCCAGGGAUUAUAGCCAGUUUGGUUUAGUCAAACCUAAUUAUCAGUUUCCAUUUUGACACCUCAGAUUCAGCCACCUCGGGUGAAGUAUCCAUUCCUUUUGGCUGGUCACCAUAGCGAUUUUCUGUCAAAUCUUCUGAUUAGCAAACUGCCCACUUUACAAGUACAACAACAACCUGCUUUUUAGACUGGCAGCUACGCACUUUGUAGAUUGAGCUAGUCAUUGUGUUAUUACUUCAAGUUCAAACCCAAGUGUCAAAACACUAGCUUUAAGUAAUGAACGUCCUUUUGCACUUAACUAACUUGUACACUUUGGAUUUGAUGAAUCGUUUAUUGCAUUUCAGUCAUCUCUGAAUUGAAUGUGAUUGAGGACUGAUGCAUUUUGAUUAAAGCAUUUUGAGUUGCAGCUCUGUCAGGAAAACGGCAAGAAUCCCAUAUUCUGGAGAAUCCGUCUCAACUGACCGAUGUGGGACCUUAACCAAACCACUUUAAGCUUAAUCUGUUGGUGGAAUAGUGGUCUAAAUCAAAUCUCCACUCAGGGAAACAUGAGCUGUUUAAGACACUUCUGUCUCUUUCUCUCCGCGUUUUCACAGCCACGUUGUUUCAUCUCAGUUACAGCAAAGACUAAUUGAAACGCUUAAUCAUUCGAUUGGGGUUAAGAAAUCAUGUUUGAACCAAAAAACAUUCCUUGUUUUCAUUGGGAAGGAUCUGGAGUUGAAUUAUUGUGAGGGCUGGGGUCAGGGGGACCGUACAUUUCAAUGCAAAGUAAUGGGAAUUUAGCGCUGAUAGGUUUGUAUCUCACGUUUUUCAGAAGUAUAGUUAACUUUGCAAACUCUUUGUACUGGAGGUUUUUGACUGAUGUAUUGCCAGCCGGCUUUGUUUCUGACGAAGCCGUAUGUACGUCUUGUGAAGAUCGCCAUCUAAAAAACGUGUUUAUAAUGUUUCUUUAGGUAUACAUGUGAAACCUGAUCUUCUGACAAGAUGCAGAAGCAAAGGGUAGGUGCUCCUUUAUGCAAAUGAAAAAUAAAAACCUUGCAACCGCAUGAAAUUGUGAGAACUUGUUAUUUUUACUGCCCCUUCGACAUUCAUUUCUCAGUGUAACACCACUGUAGACUUAAACUAUACUUUUGAAGGGUGGUCAUGGAGUAAAGUUUUACUUUUGGGGAUUUGGAUGUUUAGAAUACAAACUAUGAUCCGUUUAUAUGAAUUAAAUUACCCAGCAAAGGUAGAAUUAGCGUUUUAACCUGCUGCAACAUUCAAAUGCUAGUCACACGUAUGCAUCAAUGACCGCUAUUUGCACUGAAAGGGUCCAUUCUGCAUACUUAUCUACACCAUUCAAUAAUAUUGUAACAAUGUUUGUAGUUUUCUGGAAAUGUCAUUUUCUUACUUGCAGCAAUUGUAAUAGACCUCAGAUGUUAAGACUCGUCCAAUCAGGUCACGCACAGGUGCUUUCUAAUCAGCUUAACGAUUGCUCUGAUGUAUUUGAGUGUCCUAGUAAGUUAAGACAGUGAGCCAGGAAGCAGGACCAAGACGUGAUCCCUGGGUCUCUCAGUAUAUGUGUAUCUUUUUUUAAUGAGUUACAGGAUAGAAACGCUGUGUUUUGUAACUGGAGCUCAUUAUACUGUUACUACACGGCUCUUUUUAGAUGAAAGGAGAAAUCUUAACACCAACAACAACCUGUGUUGGAGUCCAGUUUGAGCCACAGGCCCAGCCACGGUCAUGUGAUCCCACAUUCCACGCAGGCA